GUGGGUGCGGAGCCCGGGGCCGUUCCCGCGGCCUCCUCUGCCUCCUCGUCCCCCUCGUUCCUACCCCGCACCCUCCGCCUCUGCCCCCCAUCCCGGCUCCGUCACCCUCCCGCCCCCCUACACUCGGGACGAGAAUGCCCUGCCCGGGACAACCUAGCAGCGCCUAGAUGGCUUUGGUCACGGUCCAGCGGUCGCCCACCCCCAGCACCACCUCCAGCCCCUGCGCCUCGGAGGCUGACAGUGGGGAGGAGGAAUGCCGGUCGCAGCCCAGAAGCAUCAGCGAGAGCUUUUUAACUGUCAAAGGUGCUGCCCUUUUUCUACCACGGGGGAAUGGCUCGUCUACACCAAGAAUCAGCCACAGACGCAACAAGCAUGCAGGUGAUCUCCAACAACAUCUUCAAGCAAUGUUCUUAUUACUUCGCCCAGAGGACAACAUAAGGCUGGCUGUAAGAUUGGAAAGUACUUACCAAAAUCGAACACGCUAUAUGGUAGUGGUUUCAACUAAUGGUAGACAAGACACUGAAGAAAGCAUUGUCCUGGGAAUGGAUUUUUCUUCUAAUGACAGUAGCACUUGUACCAUGGGCUUAGUCUUGCCUCUCUGGAGUGAUACCCUAAUUCAUCUGGAUGGUGACGGUGGGUUCAGCGUAUCAACAGAUAACAGAGUUCACAUAUUCAAACCUGUAUCUGUGCAAGCAAUGUGGUCUGCACUACAGAGCUUGCACAAGGCUUGUGAAGUGGCCAGAAUGCAUAACUACUAUCCAGGAAGCCUUUUUCUCACUUGGGUGAGUUAUUAUGAGAGCCAUAUCAACUCGGAUCAGUCCUCAGUCAAUGAAUGGAAUGCUAUGCAGGAUGUGCAGUCUCAUCGACCUGACUCUCCGGCUCUCUUCACAGACAUACCAACUGAACGUGAACGAACAGAAAGGCUUAUUAAAACCAAAUUAAGGGAGAUUAUGAUGCAAAAGGAUUUGGAAAAUAUCACAUCCAAAGAGAUACGCACGGAGUUGGAAAUGCAGAUGGUGUGCAACUUGCGAGAAUUCAAGGAAUUCAUAGAUAAUGAAAUGAUAGUGAUCCUUGGUCAGAUGGAUAGUCCCACACAGAUAUUUGAGCAUGUGUUCCUGGGCUCAGAAUGGAAUGCCUCGAACUUAGAGGAUUUACAGAACCGAGGGGUGCGGUACAUCUUAAAUGUCACUCGAGAGAUAGACAAUUUCUUCCCCGGAGUCUUUGAGUAUCAUAACAUCCGUGUAUAUGAUGAAGAGGCGACGGAUCUCCUGGCUUACUGGAAUGACACUUACAAGUUCAUCUCUAAAGCAAAGAAACAUGGAUCUAAAUGCCUUGUGCACUGCAAAAUGGGGGUGAGUCGCUCCGCCUCCACUGUGAUUGCCUAUGCAAUGAAGGAGUAUGGCUGGAAUCUGGAUCGAGCCUAUGACUAUGUGAAGGAAAGACGAACAGUGACCAAGCCUAACCCCAGCUUCAUGAGACAACUGGAAGAAUACCAAGGGAUCUUGCUGGCAAGCAAGCAGCGGCAUAACAAACUCUGGAGAUCUCAUUCAGACAGUGACCUCUCAGACCACCAUGAACCCAUCUGCAAACCUGGGCUUGAGCUCAACAAGAAGGAGAUGACCACUUCAGCAGACCAGAUCGCUGAGGUGAAGACUGUGGAGAACCUCGCAGCCAUGCCUCCCGUCUUUGUAGAGCAUGUGGUUCCACAAGAUGCAAAUCAGAAAGGGCUUCAUACCAAAGAAAGAGUCAUCUGCUUGGGGUUUUCUUCACAGGAAUUUCAUACCGGACAGAUUGAAGAUGAACUAAACUUAAAUGACAUCAAUGGAUGCUCGUCAGGGUGUUGUCUCAGUGAAUCAAAAUUCCCUCUUGACAACUGCCCUGCUUCUAAAGCCUUAAUCCAACCUGGACAGGCCUCAGGAAUGGCCAACAAGUUCCCAGACUUAGCAGUGGAAGAUCUAGAGACAGAUGCACUAAAAGUAGACAUGAAUGUCCACUUACUGCCAAUGGAAGAGUUGACAUCUCGACUGAAAGACGUCCCCAUGUCUCCUGAUCCAGAGUCGCCAAGCCCCCAACCCAGUUGCCAAGCUGCCAUCUCUGAUUUUAGUACAGAUCGUAUUGAUUUUUUUAGUGCCCUAGAGAAAUUUGUAGAGCUUUCUCAAGAAACCCGGUCUCGAUCUUUGUCCCACUCAAGGACAGAAGAACCAGGUGGAGGAAGGAGUGAGGGUUGUCGCCUGUCAGUGGUAGACGUGGUGCCUUCGGAAAUGGCAGCUGAUGGCCAGAGAAGCAGCUCUUUGAGUAACACUCCCCAUGCAUCUGAAGACUCUUCAGUGGAUGAGGACCAGUCAAAGGCAGUCUCAGAACUUGUCAGCCCAGACAUCAUCAUGCAAUCUCACUCAGAAAAUGUAAUUUCAGUCAAAGAAAUUGUCACUGAAAUUGAAUCCAUUAGUCAAGGUGCUGGGCAGGUUCAGUUAAAAGGAGAUAUGCUCUCUAACCCAUGCCAUACACCAAAGAAGAACACCGUCCAUGAGCUACCCCUGGAAAGAGCACAUGCCCCUGAGAACAAACCUGGGCAUUUGGAACAGGAUGAGAGUUUCUAUACAGUCCAGCCUGAGCUAGCCGAAGAUUCAGGGAAGCACAACCCAGAAGGCUGUCUAACCGCACACCCGUCCACAGUAGACUUGGAAGAAGAGGGGCCAGUUGAGGAAGAACAUGACUGGGGCCCAGGGGUGCACCCUGGUGCCAAGUGGUACCCUGGGUCUGUGAAGCGAGCCACCCUGGAGUUUGAAGAGCGCCUGCGACAGGAGCAGGAGCACCAUGGUACCGCCUCUGCAGGUGCCACAUUAUCCAGUCGCAAAAACUCUAAGAACGACUCUUCUGUGGCAGACCUUAUGCCAAAAUGGAAAAGUGAUGAAACCACUCCAGAACAUUCGUUUCCCCCCAGAGAAGCAGAGAUGAGCAAGGGGAAAGGAAAAUGCAGUGGGUCUGAAGCUGGACCACUCUCCCACUGUGAACAUGAUGCCACUGCUCCAGCCCCCGAGCGGGAGAGUCAUUCCUUGCAAACACCUCAGAACUACCUAGGGUUGGAUACUGGAACUAAGAAGCAGGAAGGAGACUUGAAGAAACAGAGACCUGUGAUUCCAAACCAGGAAUGUGAGACACAGGCCAUCCCUCUUCCCCUUCCCAAGAGAAUAGAAAUUAUUGAGUGCACACAAACAGUUACAGCACUUGAUCACACUGAGCCAGGAGGUGAAGCAGCACCCAGCAAAGAGGGUGAAAAACCAGGACUGAGGAAGAUGAAGAUGGAGAGAUCUGUCACUAUGUUUUGUGCACUGGAUGAAAACCUGAACAGGACUCUGGACCCCAGCCAGGUUCCUCUGCAUCCCCAAGUGCUACCUCUGCCUCACUCUUCCUCUGAGUAUGAGAAGCUCACUGACCCAGCCCCCAUGCUAAGUAGCCCUGAAGACAAGGGAAAUGGCCCUUCAACACCCUUGGAGAAAGCAGCACCUUUGGUAAGUGGCAGUACCCACAUAGCAUCCAUCAACUUGGAUUACCUGCAUCCCCAGUCUGUUGUUCACCUGGAAGGCUGCACAGAGCAGAGCAGCACCACAGACAGCGAGCCGUCUACAGAGCAGGUCAGCCGGGAAGACAGCCAGGAGGGCUUCCUUUCAGGUGGCGGUGGAGUGGCACACAAGUUAUCUCAGUUAAGCAAUGAAGACCUAAAUUUAAUUAACAAACUUGGUGACAGUGCUGGGGUGUUACAGAAAAAACUGGACCCGUCACCUGAAGCCUGUAGAAUCCCACACAGCACUAGUAGUGAAAAUAUAAGAAAUCUCAGCCAGAGCCCUGGCGUGGUGAAGGAGCGCGCUAAAGAAAUUGAGACUCGAGUGACCUUCCAGGCAGGGCUCACCAAAACAUCACAAAUGAGGCGCUCAGCUUCUCUUGCCAAGUUGGGUUACCUGGACCUUUGUAAAGACUACUUAGCAGAGAGAGAGCUUGUCUCCUCGGAAUCCCCUCAUCUCAAAUUGCUUCAGCCCUUCAUCAGAACAGACUCGGGCAUGCAUGCCUUGAUGGCGCAGGAGCCCUUAGAAAGCCCAGGUGCCCACCAGAACCCACAGCCCACCAAGUAUUUUGUAGAGCAACUCAAAACAACAGAGUGUAUUGCACAGAGCAAGCCAGUGGAGAGGCCCCUUGUGCAGUAUGCCAAAGAAUUUGGGUACAGCCAGCAGUGUUUGCUCCCCAAGGCAAGACCAGAAUUGACUAGUUCUGAAGUAGGCUUUCCUUUGCUACAGACACAGGGCCUGCAGUGUACAGGCCCCGCUCCAGGGCUGGCUGUGGCACCCCGCCAGCAACAUGGCAGAACUCACCCCCUUAGGAGACUGAAAAGAGCAAAUGAUAAAAAACGGACAACCAACCCCUUCUAUAAUACCAUGUGAUCCUGAGCCUGCACACGGCGUCUGUGAAGGGCGGUGGAAUAUGUAAGGAACAUGCACUUUAUUGGUUAAUUUUAUAAUAUUUUGGUCAUUUUACUGCUCCUGACUCAUGCAGGGUUUGGGUUUUUCGUGUCUGUGUGUGUGUGUGUGUGUGUGUGUGUGUGUGUGUACGUGCGUGCAUGUGUGUUUGUGCACACAUGCGUGUGUACUGGUUUGAAUGGCAAGAUCAUUUUAGCAUUUUUUAUUUUUAAAAAAUUCAAACCUCAAAAACUUUUUUUCAAAGAGCACCUUUAUCAAAGGCAAAUUGCUGUUUUUCAAUCAACUGCCAUCUGUCUCCUUAUUUUGCCCUCUGAGAAAGACCUGCCUGCUUGGCUGAGGGAAAGAAACAGGGUAGGUGGCACCGAGGCUCGGAAGUGGCUCACCAGGCCUGAGACAGCCUGCCCACUGAGGGCAGAGGGAAGUUGCUGCUUCCUUUGGAGUUCAUGAAGUUGCAGGUUCUGCUGUGCUCUAAGAGGCAGUUGAGACUCCAUUUCUCUUGGUAUCCCAAAGUAUAUCAAUCAUUGCGAUAAAGGGAUUAGCAAUUGGCCUGGUGAUAGAAUUCUACAAAGUAAAUAAUUUUCCCCAAGAAAACAAUCUGAAAAUCUAAGGGGGACCCUAAGCAAAACUCAAGGUCAUCUGUAGAGAGACACAUUAAGAGAGAAGGUUGAAGCAAAGGUGGAAAAGCAGCCACUGAGUGACUUCUAGGUUAGUGUAAUCCACACAGGUGGGGCCUGGCGCCUCUACGAGGUGACGGGCUCUGCCACAGCCUCCAAACUAAAGACCUGGAAACAGGUUUGAAAAACAGCAAAGUCAGUGUGUUCUUGUAAAAUGAAUACAUAUGUGGGGUUUAACCCUUCCAUUACUUGAAUAUUCUGUGGGCCUUCAGAGUUUAAUGGCCAUAGCUUUCCAAUUCACUUUCUUCUCUCUUGCUGUUUUCCCUAUCUGCCUCUUUCUUAAUUUCACAGAUUAUAUUUUAAUUGUUACAUUACAUACCUAUAACCUAUUGAACACAGUUUUCUAUGUUAUCCCUGUUAACUCUUGACACAAGUUGGUUUUUUUCCUCAUUUUCCUGGAAGAUUUGUUUUUUCUCUAUAGUUCAUACACAGUAUUUAUGUACAUAAUGUCACUUUUUUAAUGUUUUAUUGUUAAUAUUGUGGGAUCUUUUCUGAUUUAUUCUUUUUUAAGGAGUAGAGUUGCAACUGGAAACAGAGAGACACCAGAAGUGAGCAGACAGUUGUUGGUAGUAUAUUGAUGUUGACUUUGAUUGUUUUAAGUGGAAACUUCUAAUUGCCAGCUCCUGCCAAAUUAUGCACUUCCUCUUCAGAAACCCCUACAGGCCCCCAUUAGAGUACCCUGAAUGCUAAAGUCCAGGAACAGUGUUUGCACAGCCAGGCAAUGUGUGCAUUGCUCAAAGUAGCCUCUUAGUAGGGCUGAUGCUUGGGGGCAGCUCAGCCAAGGGUGCAGCUUCCAUUUAGGACGCCAUUGCUUUGUUGCUAAUGUGCUGAUCUUCACACUGGAGGGCCUGCUGUAAAUAAGCCUCUGAGUUCUACAAAAAGAUGUCCAUCCUGAAAUGAAAGAACCCAGUAACCCACCACAGCUCAUCAGAAGGAAACUGGGGCCAUUUUCAAGUUGUCCAGAGUUGUGGAUCCAGUUGCCAUGCUAAAGCCAUGGUUGGGUAUAAUGUCACUGCCAGGAGGCAAUUAGAGGCCUGCUGCUGAAAACGUAUGGUGUUGAAGUUGCGUAUACCUGUGCUGUCUUGGGUUCCUUUAAAUCUCAGUUUUGUGAGCCCUGGGUGUUUAUGUGUUGUCUCACUACAUGGUAGGUACCAGCGUGAGAGUGGCUUGGGAGGCAAGAUGGUGGACCGCAGGGCUCACGUGCUAAAGAGCCCCAUCCACCGACAUGACGGGAGGACAGGAGAUUAUGGCAGAGUGAGGAGUGUUUGCGUGGAGGUGGGGGGUGGCGUCACCAAAAGUAAUGAGAGCUGGGUAUAGUGGUGCACAUCGUUAACCUCAGCACUUGAGAGACUGAGGCAGAAGGAUCUCUGUGAGUUGGAGGCCAGCUUAAGCUACAGAGUGAGACCCUGUCUCAAAAAAGUGACAUCUAUAUGCCACACAUUAUCAACAAUGGCCACUAUCCUCUCAUUUGCCAAUAUAGAAAGCAUUUCUCAUGGCAGAAACUAAGAGAAAACCCUCUGAUGCUUGGGGUGGCCGUGGGGGGAGGGGAUACCUGUUUCUGUUUCAAAGAAUGGGAGAAACCGUCUUGUGCUGUCUUCCUUCUUAAUGACAUUUCUUACCAUUUCACUCACCUGCCCAGAUAUCUCACACAGGGUAUAUAAGUCAGCUAUGCCAAAGGGUCUUGCCAGCCCUCCCAAACCCCCACAUUUGGGUGUUCUUAAGUCAUGUUCAUGGCUAAGGCAGGUACAUAAUAAGCUGUUGAGGACUUUUUUUUUUAACUUCAACUUUUGAUAAUUUGAUUGCCUGUUUGCCUUUUCUGUUCAUUGAAAGCCCAGACCUGACUGAUGAGCAGCUGAGCAGGAAAAGCUUUGACCUCUUAACUAGUACUUCAGCUCCUGCUCAAUGCCUCUCUAUCUUUACUGCAGUCCUCAGUGGUCCUGGAAGAGCGUGAGCACACACGUGAGCACCUCACCAGGCUGGGGAGUGGGAGAGGACCCAGCACAGUAGGGAGCACUUGCAUCCCAUUUGGUUUCCUCUUGGUCUUUUUAACACAUUUCUUCCUGCAUGCCACCUCUUCUGGAUCUUAAGUGUUUUCCUGUUCUGUGCCUUUGUCUCUGCCACUCUUUUCUUCUUUCUCAUUUUGAGAACUAGCAAGAGCUCCAGGGACAGCCUGGGAAUACAUCCCAGGCUCUAAGGCCUCCUGCUCCUGAGCCCAGAUGCCUCAUCUAAGAAGCCUCUGGCACCACAGCUCACAAGAGUCUUCACCCGAGGGUUUCACUUAGUAAAGAUGUUCUAUGGGAGUUGGGUUUUUGUUUUCUAAGAAAGCAUUAUGCAAAAAAUUUUAAGGGCAUUUUAAAGAAAAGCCAUUUUGGGGGCUUUUUCAAACUAUUUGUGGAUACUUUGUUUACUUUGUAAGUAUUAAAAUAUGCAUCAUCUUGGUGGCCAUUCAGGCACUGAAGCCAUGGCUGUCCUGUGAGUCCUUCCCCAGAGAAAUGCCAUAUUAUCGUCAGCCCCUGUGGAUAAAUGGGUCAGAUGUGGCUGAUCUCCGUCUGUGUCCGGCACUGCAUCCAGCAGUCUUUUUCUCCUCUGCACUGGUGUAUCUCCAUAGUGAUGGUCGUGAUGGUGAAUGGCUAGUAUGGUGGUUUCAUUUUCAGUUUUCGGUGGUAGACAAGGUGACAUUUUCACUGUUUCAGCACCAAUCCAACUUAAAACAUCAUGGACAUUGUUAUUCCUUCCAAACUAAAAAGAAAGCAUGUACUGGACAUAAGUGUAUGUGUUGCCUCAACUCAUCUGGCACCCAUAUUAGGAAGAGGCCUUCCACCAAAGCAGGAAGCUGCACACUCCUUCUCCCGGGCGUUGGGAUUUCUCGAUGAUGCCAUGGAGAGCUACUGCACGGUGCUUCUGUACUCCAGCCUGAAGCAGAGGGGACUAGGCCUGGCUUCUGCUAUGAAGAGAACCAGCCUCAUCUCGGUGUCCCAGAGAUCCAGGAUGGGGGAUCUAAACUGGAAUCGCCCCUUAGCUUGAAGAGCCCCUUCCCCUACCACCAAGAGGUAUAUGGUUGGUGCCACCAAUCUGUCUUCACAGCGAUGCUAGUGGCAGUGCCCUGCCCACAGAGAGCUGAUGCCCCAAAUGGAAAACUGAGGAACUGACCUAAUGUUUCCUAGUCAAUACACCCAUUGGGAAUUGUUUGGUUUUAUGUUUUAUUUGAUUGUGAUUUGUUUGGCAUAGCUAAAGGUGCCUUCCCCACCUCCCCCCACCUUUUUUUCAGACUUUGUUUUGUAAGACUUGUUCAAAACGCAAACAAGUCCAAAAGACUCGCACUGACUGUUACCUUUGCCCAGGCUACCCCCAAACUUCUAUGCUCUCAUUUUAUUAAAUAAAAGCAGGUGCUCCCUGGAAUCUCUGGGACCUUUUUGAGGCAUUUAAAGCAGAAUAUAAAGAGUGGUCUCAUCUCCUUCCUUAAUCUUCCUGGUGGUUGGGAUGUCCCACUUGUACCAUAGCUGUUUUAUUAUUACUGAUGUGCUCCGCCGUUUUUAAAUGUGAACUUGUGCGCAGAUGUGCAGAUUCAAUGUUCUUGUUACAGAUUGAAUAAAUUUUUAUUUUGAAG